AUGUGCUCUCAAGAAGGUAUCUUCUGUGCCAACGUAAUGAAGUCGCUGAAUGAUUUCAGAAAGGAAGGAACCCUUUGCGAUGUCACCCUAAGCGCACAAGGUGAAAGUUUUCCGGCACAUCGCAACGUUCUCUCGGCGAACAGUGAAUUCUUUAAGGCCUUAUUCGCCAAUGAGAUGAAAGAAAAUUUUGAAAAUACAGUUCACAUGGAAGAAUUCGAACCUCAAGUUAUGGAACAGCUGCUAAAUUACAUGUACGGCGGUGGUAUAAAAAUCACUAGGGAGAAUGCCCUUGAUUUAGCAAUUGGUUCAGAUUUUUUGUUUUUGACUGAAUUGAAGGGGAAGGCUUGUGAAUAUUUGAUUAGCGAUUUAAACUCAGAGAAUUGUUUGUUUCUCUUGUACAUGGCCGAGAAGUACAAUGUGAGAGAGCUUCGUGACAGUGCCCAAACACACAUCCUCGAAAAUUACGUUGCUGUCUCGGUAAGUGAAGGAUUUGCAGCUCUCAGCAUAGAACAGCUGCUUGCGAUCGUGUCCAGCGACGAUCUCGUCGCCAGAGAGGAAAAGAUUUUCGAAUCAGUUAUAAGAUGGACGAAGCAGGACUUGGAGACAAGAAAGAAGCUCUUUCCCACCCUGUUUUCUUGCAUCCGCCUGAUCUAUAUGGCAAGAUGUUAUUUGAUUAACGAAGUGCAAGAGGAUGAUUUAGUAAAGAAUGACGAAUCUUGUUUACGACUCGUUACUGCAGCGAAAGAGUUCUUUUCAACUCCAAAGGGAACUGUGCAAAAUUCUGAGUACGCCUCAAUGCGGCCACGUGCCUGUCAAACUGCCAUCUUGAUGGUGGGGGGCUGGGUGGAAAACAGUGACAUCACUGCCUCAUCAAAAGUGUACAUGACAAGUAUCAAGCAAAUUUUCGAGGUUUCUGCAAUGUCCACUCCCAGAAAGAACCAUGGUAUUGCUGUGCACGAGGGUCUAGUGUACGUGGUGGGUGGAACAACUAAAAAUGGCAACGUAACAAGGAGUGCAGAAUUGUAUGACCCAAGAACUAACACUUGGUCCAGUUUGUUUUCAUUGCGAAAAGAGGUGGCGGGUGUGGGUGUGGCCAUGGUAGGGGAUUAUCUGUAUGCAGUUGGGGGGCAUGAUUCAAAGGGCAUGCCGCAAAGUAUUGUGCAGCGCUACAGUGCAAAGUUGAAUAAAUGGGAAUGUGUUGCUUCUAUGAAUGCUUCACGCACAAGGCACUGUGUUGUGGGUUUGAAUUAUGUAUAUGCUUUUGGUGGGUAUUCUAGUGACAAAGACAUUCCUUUAAAGUCAGCUGAAUAUUACAACCAUUUGUCAGAUUCUUGGGUUGACAUUGCUCCCAUGAAUCAACGCCGCUCUGAUGCCUGUGCAGUGUGUAUGGGGAACAAGGUUUAUGUGAUUGGUGGAGAGGACAUUUUAGGAUCUCCCAUUAAAUUAGCAUCUUGUGAGAUGUACAACCCCAAGACCAACAGAUGGACCAACAUAGUAGCACUCAGACAGCCGCGCUCACAUGCAGGUGCAGUAGUAGUUAAGGAAAAGGUGUUUGUUCUAGGUGGUGUGGGUGGAAAUAACAGAGAGCUAAGGAGUGUUGAAUGUUAUGAUGCAGAUCAACAGAAAUGGCAGGAGGUAGCAAAUUUAUCAGCAGGAAUCGAAGGAUUUGGUUGUUGUGUCAUCACAGUACCUGGUGAAUUAAUGCCUGUGUUGGUUUGAUAAAUAGAAUCCAAUGGAGACUGAUGUGAACUUCUACACACAGAAGCUUCCUUCCUUUGGUAGAUUAAUGUUCUGGGUGUCCAUAGUUUCCAAAGGCCAUACAGUGCAUGUGAACUCUCUAUGUAUCACCCUUUGGGUCUCACUGUAGCCAUACAAUCCAUGAAAAAAGCAAAGAACUUUAAGGUUUGAAGAUUCCAUAUUGUAUUACUAUAAAUUUUUGAUGACAAUUUCAUGUCUCCUAAUUGUUGGAACUCUGCUGCAGCUGUUUAUCAGGCCUCUCCCCACCAUCUGGUAAGAUUCUACUCAUAAAAUUUGUACAGCCAUUUUCUUGCUCACAAUGUACAACUUGAUCAAGAUUAAGGUACUUUACAAUCUCACUGGAAAUAAACCCCCAAAAAUCUGUAUGCCAACAAUGCUGUCUGGCAAAGAAAAGAACUGCUGUUUGUCAACAGCCUUCCCUUUAGCUCAUCUUUACUGAGUUAAACCUAGGCCAGGUUAAGGUUGCUAAGACAUUUGUAAGAGAGCUGUUUUAGAUAAAUAUCAGAAACACACUGCACAAAGUUUAAGAUGUAAUCAUAAUUUCAGGAAGCCACUGAAUGCUCUUCAUAAAUUUCUUGACCAAAUUUUCUUGAACUCUUUUUAACUCCCAGGUUAUGAUUAGUUAUUCUUUCAACUGAAUGCCAUACAUUCCCUUGUAAAUAAGACAUGAGAAUUCCAAUUUACAUCAAGAUAACACUCAUCUGAUGAGCUUGUGUAUUCUCACACCCUGUUUGCAAGAUAACCUAUUGGAAUUGCAAUGAGAAGUUACUAGUUUAUCACCUUUGGGAGUUACAGGGCUUAGAAAUGUAGUAGCAGACUGGGAAAAGUGUGAAGUAACAAGAGAAAAUACUUGUUAACACCUCAAAUAGGUCAGCUGGAAAUAUUUAACCAAUGUAUUCUCUGAUCUGUAAAGCCAAAUGAACAACCUGUAGUAUUCUGUGUUUGGCAAGGAUUAAAUUCAGA